GACUUUUGAGUUUUGAUGCCGACGCCAUUAAUAAUUAUUUUUGAGCAUUGAGAAUAGUGUUUGUGAGCGAUCGUGUUAAUAAUUAUCGUGCCUAAUGUGGUUUUAUUAAUAUAUAGGUAUUAUUUUAUCCUUACUAAUCCGUGACAUAAAACAUUUUUGGAUAUAAAUGUCAGGCGGGCGGCUCGUGGUGUUGGACCGCGCCGGUCGCGAUGUCAAGCAGUACCCGCUGGCCGAAGGCCUGGCCACACUGGGCACGGAUCCGGCGUGCGAUAUACGGGUGAUGCUGCCCACUGUCAGCCCGCAUCACGCUACCGUUGUUGUGCAUGCUAACCAGACGGUGGUACAAAGUGUCUCAGAGGGUGAGACGCUGGUGAACGGCGCGGCGGUGAGCGUAGCGGCGCUGCGCCACGGUGACGUCAUCUCGCUCGGGGGGCGCCAUUUGCGUUGGGAGUAUGCGGACCCGCUACGGCACAGACCCAAUGCUGCCCAGCCUGCGCUGUGUCGCGCCGGACGAGGCCGCUCGCGGAGGGUGCGCCCGAGUGAGCCGGCAGCAACUAACGUGAUUGUCCACACUCACAGAGCCUCUAUGCCCGGUGAUAAAGUACCACAAAACUGGUCACCAGUGAACAGUGAGAUAUCCAGUGCGCCAUCUUCUCCAGAACCGACAAGGAAAUCUACUCGUCCAAGCCCCAAAAGCCCACAAGCGAGUACAACGAAGGCGUCGCAAUGGAUAGAGCUGCGCAAGAGCACGCGGGCGUCGCUCACACCGGCGCGAGCGCGCAACUCGCCGGCCGCGCUCACACCGACACGCACGAGGACCACGCUCGCGCAGAGCUUCGAUACCACCGUCACACCGAAACCGCAGAGCGCAAGGGCGUCGCUCACACCGAAGCCGCAGAGCGCAAGGGCGUCGCUCACACCGAAGCCGCAGAGCGCAAGGGCGUCGCUCACACCGGCGCGCACUAGAGCCACUCUCACACAGAUUGAUACCAGCCAAGAGACUGUCACCCCGAAACAGCAGAGUGCAAGGGCGUCUCUCACACAGUCAAGCAAGCGCGACACGCUGACGCCGCGACGGGCGACGCUCACACCGCAGAGCCGUUCAGUGAGAGUCACCCGGCCGUCGCUCACACCGCAGGGCCGGUCGGCGCGCGGCAGGCCGUCUGUCACACCGCUUCAAAGCAGGUCGUUGCGCGUCACGCGGCCGUCGCUCACACCGUUGCGGACGAACGAACGCAAGGACACAUCGCUGAGACUGGCCGUGUUGCGGAAGACUCACAGUCGGCCGGUCAAAAUCGAAGCUCCUACGUCUAUUGAUCACACAAAGCAAGCGGCGAUUAUGUUAAUGACGCGUCACACAAAAUCGAAAUCGCCGAACGCAAGUAAAGUGUCGUUUGUCGUGAAGAAACCGAGUCCGGUGAGGAAGACACCGCGCAGUACCCCCACGGGCAGUAAGAUUGGUAUCACACCGAAACGGUCUGGUACUUACUCGCUGACCUCCAGAAAAAGCACUAAUCGGAACUCUAGCAUUUCUGUUUUAGAAAUUAACGACUCGGACUCGAACGUGUCAACGCAAAGGAGGAGUUCGUCGCGUCGUUCUAAAGUGUCGAUCUCGGAGAAAUCUCCACCGCUACCGAGUCCUAAGAAAUCGGCACUUAAAAACCCAAAGAAUAAUCACAGAAAGACUGAAUCUAUCAAAUUUGACUUGAGCAAUUUGGAAAACGAAACAAGACAGUCCGAUAUCGUCACGAUCGACACGACUAAUAUGUCACACGACAGCGUUUCCGAUAUAAGUUUGCAUUACUCAGACACAAGUAUUAAAUCGCCAUCUCCUCGACGAUCUAUUAAUUCAAGAAGUAGUCGUAUCAUUGAGAAAGCAGUGGGCAGUCCAAUGAACCAAUCGAUUGAACAAAACGAAGAGACCAUAACUCCUCAAUCGCCGCGUUCGAGAAACUCCACAAGAAGUUCUAUUAUCAUGCAGAAAGCUCUAGAACAAUCGAACGUUUCGAGAAUAUCUCGCAGACUAACUAAGACUGUAUCUGAACAAAGUUGGAGUACCACAGUGCCUAACCAGACAAAGACCUUGAGCCCGCGUGCGUCUAAUGUUGAAUCUUAUUCUAUAGUGGAUUUAGUAUCGGUUGAUUCGAAUGGUGUUUCAGAAUACAAUUCUGCAGCGUCCACUCCGACGUUUGGUACUCCGCGUAGCAGUAAUAGAAUUUCAAGGUCUAUAGACCCGGCUAUGACUUCCAGCACGCCAUAUAACAGAGUGCCCCCAACGAAAACGCCUCUAUCCGAUUCUAAAGCCUCAGUGGAGUCUGCGUCUAUGAUAACCCCUGAAAAUGACGAAAAUUUCAGACCAUUUAAUAGCACCAGAAGAUCUAGAGCAUCUCGCAGUCGAUCUAGAAUUAAUGAUAGUGAUUUAUUAUUAUUGGACGAUGAGGAUUCCCCGAGAACAUCUAGGAGGACGUCCAAAACGGUAGCUAGCCCGUUCGUGCCUAAAAGUUUGUCCGUCAAUAUAUCGUCAAAUCAAGAUGGUACUAUCACACCAGAAAAUGUGCCAAACAAUGAGGAAUGUACUACUCCUGUUUUGAGCAUACAGAGUCUUUUGGAUUCCAGUCAAGGAUCUAUUGGGUCACAAAAGUCGUAUAGUAAAAAAGGAAUUAAAAUCAAUGUCAAGAGAAAAACUAUUGGCGUAAUUCGAUCUAGACGUCAGCAGAGCGAUGUGAAAUCGAAAUCAUUUACCAUUAGAAGAACUGUCAGAGGAAAUCAAGAUGAAAGUGGAAUAGUUACCCCGACAAGUGUCUUCAAACCUGAACCAGAAGGAGUGAAGAAUAAGCAUUCAACCGCCAAGAAACCAUUAUCUAAACGCUCUAUUAUAGAUAAUUUAAAUGAUUCGGACAUCGUUAAACAACUAUUCAACAGUCCAGUAAAAAGAAAACUGUCACAAAGCAUGACAGAGUUUUCAAAACGUCAGUUGUUCGACGAUGACUAUAAUAUACCAAGAAAACAGACAAGACAAACCACGGCGUUGACUGGCCGGACUCCAGAUAACUCUAUCAUGAAUAACACGCAGAAUGUCACAGCUGAUGUUUUUGUCAGUCCCCUUACAACACCCGGUAACAGUCCCAAUUUAGAAGGCAUCAAGCGUUUAUUCGCAAAAAAUACUCCUGAAAAUGACCUGAGUAACGUUCGUGGCGUUAAAGGACUGUUACGAACUCCGCGAAACAGAAGAUCUGUUAAGAAUGAUUUGACAAACGUGUCAGGGGUGAAAGCGACGUUCGCGAAAUCACCAAGAAAUAGCCUGAGCGAUGUUAGAAUUAAAGAAUUAUUUAUGCCAUCACCCAAAAAUGACUUACGACGAGUGUCCGGGGUAAAAGCUGUAUUCAAAUCAACAAGAAAACAAAGAUCGCCCAAGAAUACUUUAGAAGACGUGGGUGGAAUUAAAAAUCUGUUCAAAGGAAGUCCUCGCAACGAUUUGCGUAAUGCUUCUGGCGUGAAGCUUGCUUUACAAAUACGUUCACCUAAAAACGACCUGACUGAUGUCCGCGGCGUCAAACGAAUGUUCAGGCUUGAGAAACAGAAAUAUCAGAGCGACGUAAGUGGAAUAGAGCAAUUGUUCCACGAGAGCAAUUUGGAUACUACGUUUGAUUUGUUAAUGGGCAAAGCGCCCUUACGUACGUAUACCAAAGCGGCGAGCGGUCAAAAGGCCAAGCCGAAAGCAAAUACUCGCAAAGCAAAAUCAUUACACGAUUCAAUAGAGUUGAUAACCACGAACGUGGAAGAAUGGUUGGAGAAUCAGAAACCGAAACAAGUAUACAGUGAACACACUCUGCCGAUUAAGAAGCGCUCUCUUGUGAAUAAAAGUAACAAUGAGAGCAAAGCGAGGUUGCCGAUCAAGAAGAGGGUCGUGCAUUCGACGCCGAUGAAGGGCCAGAACGCAACUAUGAACGCGUCGGAAUUGGGACGAGUAUCUCCAAUCGCUCUUCUUGGUGACGCUACUGCUGGCACAUCACAAAUAGCAGAAGCAACUGUAGUGGCUCAACCAGAAACAAAGAAACAAAGAACCAAAGCCAAUACCAUCACUGAAAGUCCGAAGAAGCUCUCUCCUCGAAAAGCGCGCGGCAGUAAAGUUCAAGCUUUAUCCAAAAUUAGUAAAGCUGAAUCAAAAUCAAAAAUAGUCAAACAAAAACCAACCAAACAAACAAAUAUACAAGCCACUGAGGUGGAAAAUGUUCAACCUUCCCUAAAUAAAUUAUCAUCUCCCGAAACAAAAUUACCCCCAAGAAGAACUAGAGGUAAAGCUAAGUUAAGUCCAGUACAAACAAAUAGUUCUAAAGAUAGAAAGUCUAUCCCGAAUACUAUAAAACGAAGACAAUCACUUGUUAUCACAAAAAAAGCUCCUAUCGCUAAACCAACAGCAGUCGCACAGUCCACCAAUAUAUCUAAACAAGAUUCAGAUGUCCUAGAACCUACAAAGACUAGAGGUAGGCAGAAGUCUAAAGUUGGAGUAGUUAUAUCUAAAUCAUCUCCAGUCAAGCGCACUAGACGUAAAGCCGAUGAAGUCGUAGUGGAAGAAAAACCAAAGAGAGGUCGUAAAAAUACUGUUGAAAUAGUCGAAGAGAAACCUAAGCGAGGAAAGAGAACACAAGUUGAACAACCGGUCGAAAAAGUCAAACAAAACGCGAAAACAACAAAGAAUAAAACACAAGAAGUUGUUCCAGAAGUUGAAACGACAAAACGUACUAGACGAGGUGCUAAAGUUGAAGAAAUGGAAUCUAAGCCUAAGCGCGGUAAGAAACAAGUUGACAACGAGGUAAAUAAAACAGUAGAAACUGUGAAACGUGGACGGAAAAAUGUACCAAUAGAAGCUCCUAGCGAAGAAAAACCAAAGCGCGGCGGUAAAGCCGCUAAUAAAUCAAAUGUAUCUGAGAAAAAAUCCAAAAGGAUUGUGAAGGCUGAGGAAAGGGUUGAAAUUAGCGAGCCCAAAAGAUCGCGUAGGAAUAACGCAACAAUAAUACCAGCUGUUGAAAGUGUUAAGGGCAGGGGGAAAGUGUUAGUUAAGAGUCAAAGUGCGGAUGAAGUGCAAACAAAGAGGACUCGGAGGAACCAAGCGAACAAGAGUGAGGAGCAGAUCAUUGAGCCGGCUAAAAAGAAACCGACGAGAGGAAAGAAGAGUCAAGCGGAUACUGUCCCACCCACAGAAGGGCGCAAACGAAAAACCGCCGCGUCACCAGCUAAAGAAACCGGGAGCCGGGCGAAGAAGUUAAAAGCCGCAGUGAAUAGUCCAGCCAAGCGACAGACAAGAAAUAAAGUUGUUCAAGAUUCUCAACAGAACACAACACGCCCGCGCAGACGGGGCGUUUGUUCUUGACCUCGAAAAGUACAAAUUAUAAUUUAAGGUGCAGAUGGAUGACCGUUUACGUGUGAAGAGUUAAGACAAUUAUGUUUUAGUUUUUAUUUUAUUUAAUAGUUGUUUUAUUAAGUUCUUUGAUAAUAACGUGCUAGGUACAGUCAACAUCAGAAUACAUUUGUUAAUGUUUUUAUGUAUAAAAUAUUAUUUAUAACAUCAAUUUCUUCAACUUUGAAACCAAGCCUAAUAAUUCUUUAAUUCUAAACUAGCAGUUACUUAUUUAAUUUUAUGGUAAAUUAUCCAUUAACUACGAUGUGAUAAGAGAAAAUAUGUUUUGAUGUUGACUGUACAUACAUUAUUGCUUUUAUUUUAAAAUUAUGAAGACAUUUUUAGUAAUAUAUUAUACCACACCGUUCGAAUGAAAUGAAACCAUCAAUUUGAUUUAAUUAUUAUGUUUUCUACUAAAAUGGUGCAUUUAUGUAUUAAUCAAUAAAUAAAUAGAAAUUUUGUGUGCUAUUAUUAAUACUAUUAUAGAAAAUACGAUUUUACAUUUUGUGUUCAAAUUUAAAUUUAAUUCGUGAUUUGAAAUUAUGUCUACAAAACUAUAAGAGAAAGUAAAAUGAUGUUAUUGUGAUUAUGAUUGCCGCUGUUAUAAUUCUGAAAACUAAAAAAAUUCAUAGUGAGAUAUUUGUAACCAACCUACAGAUUGAAACGAUUUGAAUUGUUCGUACAUUUAUGUUUUUCACUGUUUCCUAAUUUAAAAUUCCUUACACUGUUGCCAUAAACAAAAACAUUUUUAUUUUCUAAUGUGCUUGUCAAUAGAAUCCAUUAUCUUUAUAUUCAAUGGUCUUUAAAUCUAGAAAUUGCAAAUAUUAAUGAUAAUAAGGUACUAGGUAUAUUGCAUUCAUGAAGUUUUUCCUAAAUCGUUUGUAUACGAAACAAAUAGUAUUUUUCUAAUUCCCAGUUGCCAAUUUUAGAGACAAUUAUAUUUGUAUAUGUAGGUGCGAUACGUGUAGUGAUUUUAUGAUGUUAUGGUACUGUUCUUUGACUAUUUUUAUAGAAAUUGACAUAUAAUAUUUCAAUAGUUUACUCUGGCAAUACUGUCAAUUGGACACAUAUUAGGAAAUUUAUCAUCAUACAUAACAUUAGAAAGUUAUUAGUGUAAAGAUUAUUGGAAACUUUUAUCCCUAAAUUUUAAUUUUACAAAAGACAUUACAGAUUCUAGAAUAAGUUGCGUUUGAAUUUAUGCUUUAAGAACUCGAAUGAAACACUUUGGAACGAGUUGUAACAGUGUGUUAGUAAAAGUAAUACUAGUGAGAUAAUUGCUAUUAUAAUAUUGUUAAUUUUGAAAUAAAUCGAUAAUUAU